AUGGCGACUGGUUCGGAUGAGAAAAACGUUCUUAAUAAAGUAAAGUUUGGUGUGAAAUUGGAAACCGAAUUAGUAAAGAAUGAUAUUCGAUCUGACAAUCAAUCUGAAAAAGUUAUGAAACUGCUAUCCGAUGAUACUGAUGAGCAAUCAGGUGAAUUAUACAAUUCAAGAUUUAAACAGUUAUGUAACGAAAACAAUAGUGAUGAUGGUGUUUAUGAUAAUUCACAAAUUAGCAACGAAUUAAUGAAAUACUUGGGAAUUGAUAAUGACAGUGAAACAAAAGCAUUUCUUGAAAAAAAUCAACAAUUGAUCUCAUUACAAUCAUAUGAAAAAUUAAUUGAAUUAGUAAUCAAUAAAGAAAUGAGCGACGUAAUUUGUUCUUUAAUUUAA